AUGGAUCCUGAAUCCUUUGUCGACCCGUAUUUGACGCGCUCCGACCACUUGGUUUUGAAAUGUUUGGAACGCGAUGCCACCGCCAAAGAGCCAUCCGCACGCCUUCCUGAUGCCAAGGAACAAGCCCGAGACCAGCUCCGCCAGAGGAAGGACUCGGCCAACGAGGACGACCAGGACAUUGACCACGCCGAUCAGUCGACCAUUGACGCUCUCAACGCCAUGAACGACCCCAAACACGCCGACUUUGACCCUACCGUGUUCGUUCUCUGGGAUACCCCCACCAUCAAAUUGCCGCAGGUCUUGGACCAAUACAUUUUCCAGCCCUAUCUCCGCUGGGCCCGCACCGUUGUGCGAGUCGAGACGGAUGUUGUCAUGUUUACCCAUCUCAUUCUCUACGCCUGUACUUCGCUCCCGAGCGCAUUGUAUCUGUUCUACAACUUCCACUGGGUCCAUGGAAUCCUGCAUUGGAUCAUGCAGAUCUACUUUGUUGGAACAUACAAUCUGAUGAUGCACCAGCACAUCCACAUGCGCGGCAUUCUCGCCAAACGCAACCCCUGGCGCAUCCUCGACCACGUCUUCCCUUUCAUCACUGACCCGCUCUUCGGCCACACCUGGAACACCUACUUCUACCAUCACGUCCGCCACCACCACGUCGAAGGUAACGGCCCAGACGACCUCUCCUCCACGAUCCGCUACCAGCGCGACGACGUGCGCGACCUGCUGCGCUACGUCGGCCGUUUCGUCCUCCUCGUCUGGUUCGACCUUCCGCGCUACUUCAUCAGAAAGGGCCAGGUGAAGACGGGCCUGCGCUGCGCCGCGUCCGAGUUCGGCACCUUCGGCCUGUGGUACCUGUCCUCCCUUAUCGACGGCCGCGCCACCUUCUGCGUUUACCUACUGCCGUUCAUGGUGCUGCGCUUCGGCUUGAUGGUGGGCAACUGGGGCCAGCACGCGUUCGUAGACGACGAGGAUCCGGAUUCCGACUUUCGGUCGAGCAUCACGCUGAUCGAUGUUGCUAGCAACCGCUUCUGCUUCAACGACGGCUACCACACCUCGCACCACCUCAACCCGCUGCGGCACUGGCGCCAGCACCCCGUCGCCUUCCUCAAGCAGAAGCGCACCUACGCGCGCGAGCACGCCCUCACGUUCAAGAACAUCGACUACAUCAUGAUCUCCAUCCGCCUCGCCAUGAAGGACUACGACCACCUUGCCAAGUGCCUCGUCCCCAUGGGCGACCAGAUCGCCAUGUCGCUCGACGAGCGCGCCGCCAUGCUGAGGCGGAAGACGAGGGCGUUUAGCGAGGACGAGAUUAGGGUCAAGUUCGCCAAGGCUUGA